ACACAUCGCAGAAAAGCAGAGCCAUGGUGCUUUUCCUGCACGGCUUUGGGGACCAGUGCCCGGAGGAACAAGUGGCGGUGCAAGAGCUGCGGCGCGAAGUGGAGCUUUUGGGCGGGCAGCUGAAGGUUCCGACGUACCAUCCAGGAGGGGACGUGGCGGCCACGCGGCCUGCGACCUUUCUCCAGGACCUGGACCUUUCCGAGGAGUCCUUUGCGGUGGUGGGCUUCUCCUUCGGCGGGCUCCUGGCGGCCACCCUGCAGGAGAUGCGGCCAGACAAGAUAACCAAGUGUGUGCUGAUUGCGCCGGCGAUUGAUAACUUCGAGAGGAAUUUUGCAGCCAAACGCAAAGAGGACUGGCACCUGGCGGAGGAGUACGUGGCCGAGCUUCAAAAGCUGCCGGCCAGGCCCAGCAUCAAGGUGCCCACCAUGCUCAUCCAUGGCCUCAGCGAGACAGACGCGGACGGCUCUGCGGUAUGGCGUGUGCGGGAGUGGGUGGACAAAGAGCCUUUUGGCCCCACCUACUUUCCGGAAGGAGGGCACAGCUUGGACAUCGUGGGUCGGGGCUGCCCUGGCUGGCAGGAGCUGGCCCACUGGCUGUGCGGACGCGAGGCAGACACACGUGCCUAGCGGGGG